AUUCACCGUUGUCCUUUCAUCUUUUGCCUGUGUGUGUGCGUGGGCGCCACAGUAAACGGAGGCGCAAAGGAUAUUAUGAGGGGGCAGACAACGGCGGCCGCAUUUGCGAAUAAGUCACUACUAUCCGUCCAUUUUUGUUAAGACUAGAGAAUCCACCAUGUUUGGAUCCAAGCUGCGCUCCUGGAUGGAGACGCACAUUGUGCGUCCCCGCAAGAAGGGCAGCAAGCACAAGCAUACGACCGCGGAGGUUGCCAAUUCCAGCUGCAAUAAUUCAAAGAAAGCGGGCACCCUGCCCCCACAGGGGAGCAAUGUCACAAGUCCGGUCCUGACCAGUAGCGGAAGCCACAGCAUCGCCAGUCCGGUGCGGAGGCGCGAGGUGUCGCCCAUUCAGUGUCACCCACCCAGCCGACGAUAUGGCUGGCAAUCCCCCGACGACGACUCGUACGUAAUAACUUCGCCAAAGUCGGACAAUUUGCUGUACGCUCCGAAAUGCUAUCAGCCCCACCAGCAGCAACACCAGUCAUCGCACCACUUGAGUGUGCCCAACAGCAAAGAAAAUUCUUGCACCGAGAAGUCGCCUAUCAGGGUAAACUGCUCCUCAUCCUCCAUAUCUUCGUUGUCCUGGUCAACAGGAUCCAAAGAGCCGUCAUCUGGCAAGCAAGCUACAUUCCGGGAGCAGGCUUUGAAUGAAGAAUACCACAUCCCACCCGAAGAUGAGGUGGAGUACGAGGAGGUCGGAGCUCUGCUUCUCCGCCCUCCAGCUCCUAUCCCAGCAAACCAGCAACGCCCGCAGUCUGAGAACUUUAGCGCCAUGCGUCUUACGUACGAGGAGGAGCCUAGGAAAAGCAACAACCAUGUGCGAUACGGCCGACUGUUGCCCUCCAAGCUGGCGACAGCUCAGCUAGCCGAGUCUUUAGACAACCUGACGGCUACGCCCCCUAAUCCCAACGUUCCUCCUUCAGGAUCACGGAUGCGAACUCCCCGGGGAAUGCAGCGCAGCAAUUUCAUGCCGGGACCACGUCCUCACAGCUUGCCCUCGCCGGAGAGCGCCUACUCGACGGGGUACUCCACAGACGGCACAUCACCGUGCGCCGCCAGCAACUACAAUCCGCCUGAGUACUACAUUAACAUGCGCUCGGGAACGCAUUACUUUCCAAAGAGCGUCAACUCCCUGGCCAUCGAGGCGCAGCGCUACAAGUUCGGGCUGAACCGCAUUGAGGAAAUGUCUCCUAUGGAUCCGCAGCCCAAGAGCAACUUUGCAAGUGCCAAUCAUGGCCUGGAGUCGUCACCCAGUCCACUGGCUCUGCGACAGCAGCCAAGGCUUUUCGAAUCUCCAUCGCCUAGACAGCGCUGUCGCAUAAGAACCAAUCCUUGGUACAACACGGCAGAGCACUUGCCAGCCUCUUCUGGCCCAACGCGCGUUGAGGUGGAUGCCGCCAGCAUCACUUCCACGACUUCGUCGGGCAUUAAGUCAAGCAAUGAGCUGGAAGUUCCGGUGGCCAAAACAACAGUAAACAAAGCAGAAAAGGGAGGUUCUCAUACAGCAACCCCCAACAGCCGAGGCACUCCCAGCAAGUCGGCCAAAGUGGCGGGUGUGGACACUGUUGGGGGAGGGGCUGGCGGUUCAACUGGAACUGGGGUCGCUUUCGAAUCCGAGGGCUCUUCGUCGUCGACUGAAGUGGAAAAUCUGCAUGCCCCACACACCAUAAAGCGACGUCACCUGGAUCAAGCCGAGACGACAACAACUUCAGCUCCUGUGGCAGCUGGUGGUGGCGCAGGGGCUACCACUACUUCCUUCGUGCUGAGUGAUGAUGAGGCCACCCUCAACGAGAUGAUUGGGAAGUUUGACGAGAGUUAUAUCUACGAGAAGGAGACUGACAUACUCAGCAGCGAUUCGGAUCUCACUGACUGUUGUGCAUCUGAGCUGGACACUGGACAGGAUGCCGGCGAUGAGUGCGACACAGACGAGUUGUUGGAUAUCGACUUUAUCGACACUUCUUCCAUGCAGGAGGUGGUACUCGACCGCCAGGAAUUGUCCCGAAAUUUGGGAAGCUGUCAUUAUUAUGCCAAUCAGCCCAUCAGUCCCUUAGUUAAACGCAAGACUUCAACCCGACUUCGUCGUAAGAGUGGCCAGGAGACCGGGGAAAGCUCCCAACAGCGCCGACGCAAGCGGUUUCUUAAGACGCGCAAGAAAAGCUGCGAAAACCGAGAGAAGCUUCCUUCCUCACCUCUUCGUGCGUCUCGCGGGUCCCGAAGUGUGGGAGGCACACCCGUCUGUUUGCGCCGAACCCUACUAGGUCCAAAGGAAAGGAUCUUUAAAACUUCUCCACUGUCAAAUCGCUCCAACUCACUGAUAUUUGGUAGCGUCAAUGAAAAAAACUCGAUGACUAUCGCAGAAAGCGAAAAAGCUCUUUUUAAGGCAGACUUGGAGGCUGAUAUUAAAUACAAGCAGCUCAUCAUGGAAGCUGAGUCCCUGCUUGAAUCUAUGAAGAACAGCUUGCAGAGUAUACCCAGGGACACACCAGUCGCCAGUCCGCGGCGGUUAAAUCCCUUGGCCAACAAGCGAGUGGAAAUGCUCAAAAACAGCGAGGUGGACCCAAAAAAACAGCCGCCGCUUUCUAAUACUCCUCCCCUGGAGCAUGAGUUAGCUGCAGCGAUAAAUAAGCGCAUAGAGAUGCUCAAGUUUGAGACUUCGUCAGCCUCUUCGCCACCCAACAGUCCUAAGCCUGGACGUUGCAGUCCUCGCAAGACUCACCUGACCAACUUUAUGAAUCAAAACGCCCCACCAGAGCUGCCGCCACGUAAAAUAAGCGCCAAUACCCCACCAGCUCCGCUCUCGCCACAGCUGCAGCUAAAUGGAAGACGAUUUCAAGAGAGUCCUAAAGAAAAGCGACGCAUAAUGACGGUGACCUCCACUACCACAACAACGGUGAUCAGCUUCAAUGGCAGCGAUUCUGAAAUGGAGUGCAUUGCAGUGGAGGAUAUUGGCAAUCAUAACUACUUGCCACAGCAUCAGCAGUCGGGCCCAAAAACAAAGCUGGAGGCACCAUCCCAAAGCCAAUUGCAGACAGAGUCACAAAUUAACAAUAACUUCUAUUGCCCACAUAGCGAGCCCUUGAAACGCAAGGUCUAUAGGGGAAGCUCUUCGUUUGAGCGUAUAAAGAAGAACUUCGACUUGGAGUUUGAUGCGGGCGGGCGAAACAAGUUGAAUAAGCGUUCGCAAAUUAAACUCUCUACCUCCGUGUCAGCCAAGAGCUCUAUGCAAGACGUGACCGUCGACGAGGCUAAGGGCCAGCCAAUGGGAGGUAGUAAUCGUAAGCAGCAACUCAUUCUUAAUACCAUUGUGGAUCUGAAGCGUAGCUUGGAGCAUCAGAGCCACCAGCUGAGUGGCCUAAAUGUUGAAUAGAACUGAGAGAAACAACUAAUAGGGCUAAGAUCAUCAUCAUACUUAUUCAUCAAACAAUAUUUAAACAGUAACUAGCUCGCUAAGACGUAAGAUAAAAGUCCAACCGAAUCCCUCAGACUAGACACAGAAACUGAGCGCAAUAACUUUCUAACUGAUAAGAAGAGACGAUUAUUUACACGAAUGGAAUAAUACUCAAGGGCCGUAGUAGAAUAAGUACUUAAAGGCCGUAAUUGAAUCUAUGGACUGGUGCAGAAAGUAAUGACGAAAUAUCUAUAGCAUGUAGAAAACUGUUUUUGAUGAAAUUUUUAUAUCAUAACCGCAGUAAGCCCAGCGAAAUUUUUUGUUUAUUUAUUUUGGAGUAAUUUUUACCUUUGAAACGUAACUUGAUAUAUUACAGAUUUUUUGAAUACAUUUUUUAUUUACCUUCACAAAUAAUUAGGAAAACAUAUUUUUUUUUUUUUUAAUUUUGAAGUUAUUCCAAAUAUGUUCUUAUUAUAUGUUUUGGAUGUGCCAAGUUGAAAUUGUGUUUUAAAUACUAAAACGUUGGUACUUCUCAUUUAAUUAUCCUACCAACUUAUACUAUCCUACCUUAGCUUUAACGCGUGAAUAUUACUAUACCAAACUACAUAAGUCAAUAACAGGCGAUAUUCCUUAGUUAAUUAACGAGUGUGUGUGUGAGUGCGUUAAUGUGAAACUACUAAAUGCAUAUCUCAAACAAACUCAAAGAAUUACUAGACUUGGUAGAAUCUUUCACUUAUUCAAAAGUAGUCCUUUAAGUAAACCAUAUUGCUAUCCAUCCAAACGAAAAUUUGUUAGCCCAAUUGUUUGUAGAUUAAUGAAGAAAGACUUUGUUUCACUGUUUCUGUUUCCUUAGUAAAGUAGAUCAAGAUUAUUGCCUUUUCAGUGCCAGAUAUUGGACGAAACAAGGCAAAAUUGAAAUGCACUUCAAUUGGUCUUACUAUGAAUUUAAUAUAUGUUGUAUUGGCAAGUUUUUAAUGAUUUACAAUUAGGGGUAAAUUGGUUGUAAUCGACUCAUGUAAUUACGAAUUAUGUUUAAAUUGUGUACCCGAUUAAUAUGCAUAUAAAAGCUGUAGAACCCACACAAAGAAUACAUAAUCUAACUGUAACGUGAUAAUAAACUUAAUGAAAGCCCCAAGACCAAAAUCGAUAUAUAUCCAAAUAAAAGGCAGAUAUGUAAGUAUAAAUUAGUCGCAUAUAGAGUAUAUCUCAUCAGUUAUGUUUGUCGUUUAUUGUUUUACACCUGUGUACUUCGUAGCUUUACGUACUUGUUUCUCAUUGAAAUUGCAAUUAGUUUUCAUUUUCGCUUGCGUACUAGUGCCUGCUUUUAGUGCCUCACGGCAGGAGGGGGGUAGUGGUCCGGUAUGCUGCGUUAAAUUUACUUAAUUAGUUUCACCUGCGACGCGACACUUGAACAUCGAACACGGAGCACGGAGCACCGACACCGACCGCUGGCCUGCCAAGCGAAAGACGCACGCCGCGAAAUCAAAAAUCCAACUCGAUAUUUUGAACUUUAAAUGGGCCGCUAAUGCGCAGUUCCGCCCAGCCCACUCUGGCUACUCGGACCUGCAGCUGUAAUGGGCUGGAAAUUUAUGCGCCCUAGAUACAAUUGGUUUUCCGAUUAAAGCGACCUUAAGACAAUCCAACGAGCUUUUGACAACACGAUAUACUGCAGAUUCACUCUCACUUCGGGGAUUUACACCUGUUUCGGAAGACUGAAAACUGAGUACCACGUGUAAAGUAGAUGGUAUUCGGUGUAGCUGGAUAUCCAUUAUCCUAUCGGUCUUAACUUAUAAUUACUGAACCCAUGUACUUUAAAGCCAAUAAAGGAUCAAUUUUUUGAACUCCUCCUAUCUUAAUUGCUCUUUCACGGUCGAUCAAAAGGCUAGCCAUCGUGGAAUUUCCAGAGACGCCGAUCCGAUCCCCGUUUCUUGUCAUCAUGUUCAUUAUUAUGUGAGGAGGUAAAAAUAAACCCGCACUGUUCUAAAAAUCCCCAGAGAAGCGUCGACAAUGGAAAAUUAGCAGACAGAUCAUGGACUGGCAGUCCGCUGCCUCCGCCGGUGCUAAUUGUGCAAAUGGGCCAGGGAGCGGGACAGGCGGGGAACGCCUGCUCGGCGGAAUACCAAUUGACCAGGCCACGCUUGAAACAUCAAAUCAGCCUUAAGUGGGCAAAAACACGCCUCAGACAGGCUCCAAAGUGGCCGGUGGCCCAGUGAAGGAGGCGCGACCCGCUCUGGCUGCGCCGGAGAUGCGCCCUAUAUGGCCAAACUGGUUUGGCUUCCACAAUCUGUGCGCUGGGGCCACUGGCCAGGAAGAGGAAUGCGAUCCGAAAGGCAGGGGCCGGUCCUAGAGCACACUUCCACUUUUGCUUCGUUUCUCUCUAGAAAGGUAUAAAGGUUCCAUGCCAAAGAAUGCUGCGAGUUAAUUUUGUUAUUUGUAGUGACUGCCUAGCUCCAGUUCCUUGGCUUCCGGGUAGGGUAUUCCUUAUGCGACUUGGCCCAACCAAUGCUGGGCCGAUUUGAGGCAGCAGUGCAGCUUUCGAUCUCGAUCUCGAGCGGCCAACGCGCCAAAAGCUUUGCGCCGAAG